CGGAGCUGGAAGUUUGGAUGAACUUGUGAGUUGGAGUUGAGGAGAAGCUGCGCUGCGGCUCGGGGAUUCGAACCCGCUUCAUUUCACCCAACACUGCACGCGCAGCCCGAGUGUGUGGGCGGCUCGGAGGCCGUUAAACCGGGAGGUGUUAUUAUUUUAUUUGCUCUCCUGCGGGAGUUUCAUUGCGCUGAGGAGGAGGAGGAGGUGAGUUCACUCCACAAACACCGCUCGGGUUGAUUUCGCCGUCGCGCGCGCUGCGCUGCUCUCCGCUCCGCGUCUCUUCCUCCAUGAUUUCCAACAGAGCAGCACGAGCCGAGCGCGCGCGGGUCUCCAGUGCGGCCAGAAAGCAGCGCUUGUGUCGCUAAAGCGCUGCCGGAAACCCGCCGCCUCAGCGACGCUCAUUCCACACGGUGCUCUCGCGCACAGAGUUUACUCUCAGAACUGAUGGGGAAGGACCACUGAUCAGUUUGCCGUGUUGCCACACGGCUUGAUUUCCAUUCGAAAGAAACCACUACUGACUUUUUGAUCCAAGUUACCUUGUGCCAUCUCGGUUGUACCUGGUGUCCUAGCUGAGUGGCAUCGCCUGAUCUCCAGAGAUUGAAUAUUCCGCAAAUAUGCUCCAGUGCUGAGCUCUGUCUCUUGACUUCGCCAUGACCAGCCUGAAGCGUUCGCAGACCGAGCGCUCUGUGGGGGGCUCUGUGCCCGCCACAGAUGAGUUUUACACCCGCCGCCUGCGCUUGCCCAAUGGAGGGGCACCUCCUCCACGCAGUGAGAGCACCCACCUCUCUGGAGGCACACCUGGAGUGCCAAAGAUGGGAGUCCGGGCACGGGUCGCUGACUGGCCUCCGAGGAAAGAUGGUGGGAGUGGUAGUAGUGGGAGUGGUGGUAGCAGUGGGAGUGGCAGUGGAGGAGGGGGCGGUGGUGGUGGAGUGUGGCACAUUACAGUGGAGACUGACUCGCCAUCAGCUACUUCUGGGAGUACCCAGAGCAACCUUUCUGCUAAGCUUGGUCACUUGAUCAGCCCACAGGAUUCAUCCAUGUUGCGCAACAUUCAGAAUACACUAAAGAAUAAGAUCCAGAGCAAGGGCAAAGACAAUCGCUUUCUGUCCCCAGAUGGUUACUUGGGCUCACCACGCAAGGGCAUGCGUCGCAUUCGCCAGCGCAGCAACAGCGAUAUUACGAUCAGCGAGCUAGACGGAGAUGGCAACGAAGGUUGGUCCUUUUCUGGCUGGACACCAAUGCACCGCGAGUAUGGCAGUACCUCUUCCAUUGACAAGCACGGCGUCUCUGGAGAAAGCUUCUUCGACAUGCUCAAAGCCUAUCAGACUGACGACCCCGAUCAGCGUAGCCCUGCUCCUGAGAAAUUAAGUGAACUGCUUACUGUGGCACACAAGCAGACCGCCCUCGACCUGCCCGAUGGGCCCCUGGGACCCCCGAGAGGUAGUCCUGCAAGUCGCCUCAAGGAAAGAGAAAAGCAUCUGAAACGGCGUUCCAAGUCUGAAACCGGAGGCGAGUCCAUAUUCCGCAAGUUACGUAGCGUGAAGGCAGAAGGGGACUCCUCUCGUGCAGGCUCGGACGCGGAAGACGGGAAGUCAGAGGAUGCAGGUCCACCUCCAAAGCCCUGGGUCUGUCAGAAGGGUUUUGCUCACUAUGAUGUCCAGAGCAUUCUGUUUGACCUGAAUGAAGCAGUGCAAAACCGGCAGUGCGCCUCCAAAAGGAAGAAUACCACCACCGGAGCCUCUGCUGCUGCCGCCGCUUCAGCCUCCACCUCGUCCUCCUUGUCAUCCACCCAGAGCGGGGCCUAUGGCUCCCCCUGCGGCAGCCAAGAAGAGCUCAGUGCCAAGGAUGGACCAGCGCUGGACCCUGGUGACGAUAAAAGCAACGAUCUGGUCCUCAGCUGCCCCUGCUUUCGUAAUGAGAUAGGGGGUGAAGGCGAGAGGAACAUCAACCCUUCGAAGCAGGGCAGCAUCGGCAGCGGAUCGGCUAAUUCUUCCAGGGACGAGGACGGGUCCCGUGAGUCGGCGCCCAAUACGCAUUUCAGUAACGCAGGAGUGGCUGUGCUAGAAGCGCCCAAAGAUGGGAAGAGCAUGCACCAUGAGAGGGGAAAAAGCAACAUUUUGGAACAUGUGGAUUUGGGUGCCUAUUAUUACCGAAAGUACUUCUAUUUAAGAGAGCACUGGAACUACUUAGGAGUGGACGAGACGCUCGGCCCGGUCGCUGUGAGUCUCCGGCGAGAGAAGCUGGACGAUCAUAAAGAGCAUGGACCGCAGUACAAUUACAGGGUCAUUUUUAGAACCAGUGAGCUGAUGACUCUGCGAGGCUCCAUUUUGGAGGAUGCUGUUCCCUCCACGUCGAAGCACGGUUUGGCUCGAGGCCUGCCCCUAAAGGAGGUUCUGGAGUACCUGGUCCCUGAGCUGAACGCUCACUGCCUCCGCCUCGCCCUCAACACGCCCAAAGUCACAGAGCAGCUGAUGAAACUGGAUGAGCAAGGGUUGAGUUUCCAGCUGAAGGUGGGGGUGAUGUACUGUCUGGCUGGCCAGAGCAGCGAGGAGGAGAUGUACAACAACGAGGCGGCUGGUCCUGCGCUGGAGGAGUUCCUGCAGCUGCUCGGAGAACGAGUGCGUCUCAAAGGAUUCAGCAAAUACCGCGCUCAGCUCGACACCAAGACUGACUCGACUGGCACUCACUCCUUGUACACCGCUUAUAAAGACUACGAAAUAAUGUUCCACGUGUCCACCAUGCUGCCCUACACCCCGAACAACAAGCAGCAGCUGCUCAGGAAGCGCCACAUCGGCAACGACAUCGUCACCAUCGUGUUCCAGGAGCCCGGAGCCAAGGCCUUCAGUCCCAAGAACAUCCGCUCACACUUCCAGCACGUGUUCGUGGUGGUGCAGGCGCACAGCCCGUGCUCGGAGAACACCUGUUACAGCGUGGCUGUGGCCCGUUCCAGAGACGUCCCGGCUUUCGGACCACCCAUCCCAGAGGACAUGAAGUUCCCAAAAUCCUCUGUCUUCCGGGACUUCCUGUUGACCAAGUUGAUCAAUGCGGAGAACGCCGCACACAAGUCGGACAAGUUCCGCGCCAUGGCGACACGCACACGUCACGAGUACCUGAGGGACCUGGCCGAGCGCCACGUCACCAGCACGCCCAUCGACCCCUCGGGCAAGUUCCCCUUCAUCUCUCUGGCGCACAAGCGCAAAGAGAAAAGUCGGCCGUACGCGGCGGCGGAGCUCCGCAGCCCCGGGUCCAUCACCUGGCCCGUGUAUACAGAGGACCACAGCGCCGGAGGAGAACUCGAAGCCCUGCUCGCCAUCUCCAACGACUUUCUCAUCCUCGUGGAACCAGACGCCAAGGCCGUGGUGUUCAACUGCGCCGUGCGCGACGUCAUUGGCUGGACGCUCGGAAGCCCCGCCUCCAUGAAGAUCUUCUACGAGCGUGGAGACAGCAUCUCGCUGCGCUCGGUCAACAACAACACGGAGGACUUCAGGGAGGUCGUUAAACGGCUGGAGUUUCUGACCAAAGGCUGCGAGACGUCGGAGAUGACGCUGCGCAGAAACGGGCUCGGCCAGCUGGGCUUCCACGUCAACUACGAGGGCAUCGUGGCCGAGGUGGAGCCGUACGGAUACGCCUGGCAGGCCGGGCUGCGCCAGGGCAGCCGAUUGGUGGAGAUCUGUAAGGUUGCCGUGGCAACGCUCUCACACGAGCAGAUGAUCGAUCUACUGCGCACCUCCGUUACUGUGAAGGUGGUCAUCAUACCGCCACACGAGGACGCCACGCCCCGCAGGGGCUGUUCAGAGCUGUACCGCAUGCCAGUGGCGGAGUAUAAGGGCAGCAGCGAGAGCGGUUCAUUCGAGUACAAGUUCCCGUUCCGCACCAACAACAACAAAUGGCAGCGCACGUCCUCCAGCCCACAGCAGUCCCUCUCUGCCUCGCCUCAGAGCCACACCGGGACCCCUAACCGCGCCGUCAGCUUGGGGGCCAGCAUGGGAAAGACGCUGUCUGCCGAGAGGCCGGAGAGAACGGCGGCCAUCCCGCGCAGCGUCUCCAGCGACGGCCGACCUCUCGACCCCAAGAGGAUGUCUCCCGGCUCGGAGAACUACGCCCUGGCUUCCUCCAUGGUGAUGGCUCGACCCACUCACACCCGCAGCUCGCCCAGCAAUCUCUCCUGCGCCAGUGACACCGGCUCGGGCAGCUCCGCCCACUGGAGGCAGAAGUCCAUGCCUGAGGGAUUUGCACCCAACAGACACUCUCCUCUCCCACCGGAGCGACAGAUGAUGGGAGACGGCAGCGGAAAGUCCACACCCAGCUGGCCCCGAGUGGACGACUCGGACAGAGCACCAGCAGACGCCCCGGUCAGUAAAUCCGGACAGUCCUACUCAGGUGGCCCACGCAUCCAGAGGCAGGAGCAGGUCAUUCAUCUGUCGCCGAAGAAGAGCAGCCAGUCCGAGGGCCCGUACUCCCACUCGAGCAGUAACACCCUCUCCAGUACAGCGUCCAGCGGCGCUCACAGCGAUGACAAGUGGUACGAUCUGGGAGGCGGAGCUCCAGGAGACGUUCCUGACUCCGAACCCAACGGUCUGGGCGGAGGCGGAUACCUGCAGGGCUCCUCAGCCGACAGCGGCAUCGACGCCACCUCCUACGUGCCUCAUCAUGGCAGUGCCAGCUCAUUGCUCGCUGUGGGUACCUCAGCACCCCGGGAGAGGGUCUCCUCGCCGUGGCACGGGCCGUCUGAGGGAGGUCGGCGUGUCCUGGAGCGGUCCCCGCCAGCCGCCGAGUCGUCCGUGUCUCCUGCAGAGGCUCCAAGCACACGCAGUCCUCCGACACAUCUGUUAAUGCGCGACAGCAGCUCGUAUAGCCUCAGCGACGUGGCCUUACACUCCAGCUCGCGUCACUCUGGCAGCCCUGGAGUGCUCAGCUCCACCCACAACUCUCCCCGAGACGAGUCUCCCUCUGCCACCUCGCCUUCCUCAUCCACUCAGAGCUCGGUCUCUCCAGGACCCAAGAGCUUCUACCCUCGCCAGGGGGCCACCAGCAAGUACCUGAUCGGGUGGAGGAAACCAGGGAGCACCAUCAACUCCGUGGACUUCGGAGACACUCGAAAGAGGCCUCAGGGUGAGGGAGCGGAAAGUGGGCCGUCUCAGACUCGGCCCUCUCUCAGAGACCUUCACUCUCCUCAGCCCCUGGGCAAAUCCACUGUCGAGGAGGACCUGAAGAAACUCAUCACCCUGGACAGCCCUCCCGCCGUCCACCAUGACGACAAGUCUCUGCAGCCGUCGUGCCCGGGUUCGAGCGGUACAGGAAGGCGCUCGCUGCAGCGCACCCUCUCUGAUGAGAGUAUUUAUCGAGGCCAGCGCUUGCCGUCACUGGGAGAUGCGGUGUUGGAACAGGCGCUCGCCAGCGACGUGCUCUUCAGCUGCUCCACCCUGCCGCGCUCGCCCACCACCCGCGGGGCCCCCCUGCGCAGACCCUCCUACAAAUUGGGCAUCAAGAUGCAUGGUGACCUCUCCGCGUCUGACACCUCUCUAGCAGACCUGCACGAGCGCCAGAGGCUGCCGUCUCCAGAACUGGGCCUCAUGCCGCUGCCGGACACGGACAGCGGCCUGGACUGGAGCCACCUGGUGGACGCCGCCAACGCUUUCGAGGGUGAGGGGAGACCCCCACGCAUCCAGAGAAGUUUCAUGUUCAGUUCUCAGGACAUCAGUCACCGUGGAGAGAGUGCAGUGAGCUCACAACCCCUGGAGCUGCAGCCCGUACCCCACUCCCGCCUCUCUCCCAGUGAUAUUCCUGUGGGUUUUGCUGGGAAAGUGUCUCAGCUCGAGGCUUUGGUGAAGAUGCUGCAGGACGACCUGAAGAAGGAGCGAGAGGAGAAGCUGAAGCUUCAGGCUCAGAUCAAGCGGCUUUGGGAGGACAACCAGAGGCUCCAGGAGGAGUCUCAGAACUCAGCGGCCAAGCUGAAGAAGUUCACCGAGUGGGUCUUCAACACCAUCGACCUGAACUGAGCUCGCUGCCGGAGCUGCACCUGGGACCAACAUGAGCACCGAUCAACACUCCAACACCUGUUCUGUCGCACGAUCCUGAAACCAUCAGGCACCAUCAGUCCUUCUCCAACCCUCAUGUUUAACGAGAAUCCGUUCUCACGGCUGCGCUCCUCCUCUCAUCGAGGAAGAGCCUGACAAGUCUGGGGUUGGGGUUUAUUAUUUUUUUUUGGUCCCCCUUUCUUGAUUUAAGAGCCAUGUUUGUGACAUUUCGCUGGGUCACUGUGCUAUUCGGAGUUGGUGUGUGGUUUAUUUCUUUUCUUUCUUUCCCUUUUUCUCUGGUGGUGUGACUCUACAUCACAGCAGUACAAUCCAAACGCGGAAGGAAGGAAGGAACCCACGUUUUUACAAAUAUUGACGAUCUGAUGAAUGAUGAAGUACAGACUCAUCUCAACCUUUUUUUUUUUUUUUUCUUCUCCUCCCCUUCAAGCACUAAAGCAAUAGACUGACGUUCUCGGUGCGUCAGCUUCACCGGACUGUAAUAAUAAUAAUAAUAAUAAUAAUAAUCUCACCGUGUUGGGGUCUGAUCUCACAUAAAGCCAUUGCAGGUCUGCGGUACGAACGCUGAAAACUCGGACCUUUUUUUUUUUGGGAACAACUCUAAUUUAUUCCGUUUGUAUUAUAAAUAAAUAUCCGUACAGUAGAACAUUUAAUGUUUAUUUUACAGACAGAUGCUCAUUAUUUAGAUGUAUUAUUAUUAUAAUUAUUAUUUUGUACAUUUCAUUUCAGCCUGAUGAUGCCGUUAUCUUCUGCGUGCUUUGUGCUGCCCGAGCCUGCCAUCGUCGUGUUGCCUUAGUGCCCUCUAGUGGUGAAAAGUUUCAUGUCCUACAAUCUAUAUUUCAGUUAAAAAAAAAAAAAAAGCAUUAAUCGUAUCUUUCUUUGCAUUUGUGUUAAUGGAGUCAGAGAAUCAAGCUCAGGCUCUGUGUGUGUGAGAGAGAGAGAGACAGAGAGCGAGAGUUAUUCCCUUCUGGAAUUAUUCUGACCGAGGAAACCGAUCCGCACAGGAAGUAGGGUUGUUGUUUUUUUUUUUGGAUUAUGCCAGCAUUAAAUUUCCUAGCGGUAACCAGAGAAAUUGCAGGACAAACCAGAGUGCCUGCUCAGAGGAAGGGCUUUAAUCAGCUGAUAAUCGAUACAGCCUGUAAUCUCUCUCCUGCCUCUCAGCACCAGGGUUUCUCUUAUCAGUCUGACUGACACACACACACACAAAAUGAGGCGUGUUAAUGACCCGAUACUGCAGUAAGUACACGCACAGGGCUGUUCCGAGCUCAAAAAGUUCACAAGCAACUCUGGGAGGGGGGAAAAAAGUAAUAUUCAGCAGUGAAUGGAGAUUGAUUCUGUUCUAAGAAUCAUUUGAAUCGUUUGGUUGAAUCAUUUCCGGCUACCAGCAGCUAAACGAGUGAAUCGAAAAAUCGAACCCGAAAAACUCGAUCGGUUCAGGUUUGUACAUUUACAGAGAAUCUCGAGACCGCGUGCCUGAGCGAGCUGACGAUAACGAGCCGUGCUUCUCCUUUUUACGCUUUCAGGAAGGUUUUAAAUCGGAGCUCAUGUUCUGUGGAACUUGAACGCUGACGGUGUUUGAAUAUCAGUUUUGUACAUUUGAAUUGGGGACACAUUGGGGUCCCCCCCCACCCCCCACCCCCCAAAAAUAUAAAUAAAUAAAGGGUGAUGUAUUUAAAAGUUUUCGCCAUCUUGCCUGGGGGUAAGGUUUAUCUUUAAAAACGUAUUUGAAUCCAAAUACUCAAUUCUUAAAUUAAAAAAAAAAAGUCAAUUCAGCUAAAGGUGAAAAGGAGACACUUUCAAAUCAAGCAAAAAAAAAAUUCUAUACGAGUUUCCUACAAUGAUGGUAAAACCUUCGAUGCUUAGCAUACCUUUUUUUUUUUUUUAAUAUAACAUUCUAGCUAGUUCCACUGCACUAACGUUAGCUAAACUCCUCUAGCAGCUAUUUCAGUCGAACACAAACCUCCGACUCGACUAAACUCUCUCUACUUCCUGGACAUGAACACGACAGACGACUACGAUCUGAUAUCUGCUUUUCCUGAGAAUCCUGGAUAUGCCUCACCCAUGGCCUAAUUUACAUAAAUUUACAUAAGAUCUGUAUUUGCAUGCCUUUUCCACUAGGUGGUGGAAGAGUUGUGUUUUCAGGUUGCUCAUGUGAUUCCAGUGUUCGUAGGGUUUCUGUGGAACCACCACCACCACCAUCAUCAUCAUCAUAACAACCAGGAUUAGAUUUUGGAUCCAGACAGGGUGAAGGUCAAAGCAAGGUCAGGUGUAUUCUCAACAGCUUGCUUCCUGUUGGUAACCUGUGGGUGGCGCUACUGUUGGUGUUGAGAUUUAUAAAUAAAUACGUUAUUUUGAAGUAUAUUUUUAAAGGUGAAUGAGCAAGGUUUUAAAAAAAAAAAAGCCACACUGGGAAAAAUGUAAAUUUAUGUAAAUUUACAUACACUAAAAAAAAAAAAAAGACAAAGCAAAUGAACGUUAUAUAAUUUAAAUAUGCGAAAUUUAUAUUUGAAUACCUGUCAGCUUUUAAGCUCCGUGACUGUUGUUUACUCUUCACCUUGUUCGAUAUUCCACUUCAGAUUUCUUUGAAUGUGAAUGAAUGUUAACUCUUUUUUUCUGUUUAUUUUAAUUGCACUGUGUAAUUUUUUUUGUAUAGAUUUUAUUAUUAUUAUUAUUAUUAUUAUUAUUAUUGAUAUGUUAACCGUUGAUGGAGCUUUGUAAUGUGAGCGUCUUCUACUCGCGUCUAACAGGGAGAAGACGGUCAUCGCCAAGCCCUCGACGCGUCUCCGGAUUUAGACGCGUUUUAAAACGGGAGUUGUGUUUCACUUCGAUGAUGUGCACAUUUCUUAAAAACGAAGAAGAAAAUAAAUAAAACGACGAAGCAUUAUAUAUUUACCAAGAAGUACUGUUUACAUUAUUCUGUUCAUUUUACUUGUAAAGCUUCAGAGAACGGAUUUCCCAGUUGUCAUCAUAACAGUAUUAAAACAUAUUUCUUAAAUAAAUAAAUUAAAAAUAUAUAGAUAUAUAUAUUUGAGGUGCUGUAAUUUUUCAUGACGUAGAAGUCGAAGGUUUAAACAGCCUUUUGCUUGCCGCCUGCUCCGUAAGGUGUACUGCCGUUGCUUUCUGGGCCAAUAAACAAGUUUAUAUUCGUAGGUGAAAUGUCA